CCUAAAUGUUACACACUGGACCUGGAAGUAUUUUUAUAUGAUAAUAAUACUAAAUAUGACUAAAUAGAAAAAUAUCAAAGUUUAUGUUCAGGAAAAAACAUCCUUAGCUAUUAUUGAUACUUUAGAAUUUUACAUGUGCCUUUUGUGCGUCCCUCUCUCAUUUGAUUAACAGUGGCCUGGCAACAUAAGAAAACAACCACACAACUGUCAUCACAUUUGAAUUUAAAAUAUCACUUAACCCUUAUUGGUGCAUGGAAGUACGUGACAUCUUGUUUUUCUAAUUGACCCCAGCCCACAAGAGCAUUGUCAAAAACACAAAGUACAGGAAAUCUCUCAUGUGAAAUAACCAAAACUAUCAGGGGAUGUAGAAAAAAAGCAUGAACUGUCUCCAUAAAGGCAAUCUUUUGAAUCGGAUUGAAUACAUGCUGGAAUUGAUCUAGUUUGGCACUAACUACUGAUACUGUAGUUUGAAUACAGACAUGACUUAAUUACUAUCAUCAUAAUUAUUCAACCCUUUUGACCCUUUUGUUGAGGUCAACUCACCUUCCACUACUAACACAGUAGAAAAAAACCAGCCUGUCUACCAAAAGACUGUGAUCAUCUGUGCCAAAAAUACAAGAGAAGAGGAAUUUAUUACUGAUAUGAAGAUGGAAUAAUAACCUUGCUUAGCUGGAAUAACAAUGUUGUACCAAAACAAAAGUCAAAUCAUGUCAUGGCAUUGCUGAGCUCCUGUCCGCACCUAGUAACAUACAACAUGACCACAGUCUUCCAGUAAUGUCAGCCACUGUCCAUUGUCCUGCAUAUGCCUCAGGCUGACAACAUUUGCAUGUUUUACAGUCUCAUCUGUUUGUGCACACUGUUUACGUCAUUUAAAAGGUGACGCCUUUGACACCUGUGUUAAAGCUGCUUUCAAUAUCAUGAGCCGAGACUCGCCAGAUGAUGAAAACAACAUCUAUGGGCUGAGUCUAUUUUACAAUGCCUCAGGUUUGUUGUUUUUUUAGAAUACUUUUGAGAGAAGACUGAUUUUAAUGAUGCUUCAUCCAGCUUUCUGGUUUUGAGCUGUUUUUAAAGCUGUUUUUGGUUCAUGGUUUACAUCACUUCAGUUUGAGGAUUCAGCGUGUGGUUAAAACUACUUCAAAAACACCUUGAUUCAGGCCAGGAUGGAGAACCCAGACAACAACACUGUGUGCCUUCAGGCUUUCAGGCGGAUGCAGAGUGUGGGGUUGAACACAGGUGUCAGUUUAGACCCAGAACAAGAGCUUCAGCAGGAUAACUCUGAACCUGAUACCCAGCCAGAAUCCGACCAGGGGACCCCACAGCCAAUGAACAGCCCCCCACCACAGGCCCUUAUCGAGAUCCGCAUACAGCAGCUUCAAAACAGACGUUUCCUUCUGCUGAAGAUGCUGCACAUCAGGAAGAAGGCAGAGGACAAUAGUCGCAGGACCACAGAGGAAAUGACCAGUGAGGACAGCAACAAACUGUGCGAGCUGGAGGCCAUCCAGAAGGAGCUGGAGGAGCUGUUGGCGAAACAAGAAAAGAGCUCCAACACUGGAGACAACACUGCUUCCUGUGAACAGGACACGUGUCCCACUUUUUAUAACACUGAGACACCCUGUGGGGGGAUCUACAUGCUGCCACCUCCCCAGCUGACACAGGAGGACAUUACACUGGAGCAGACAGUAAAAACUACGCCUGCAGCAGAAAAACCAACAGGCCCAGUCGUUGCAGUGGACAGUUUGGGCCAAACGCCAGCUGUCACCCAGUGUCCAUCAUGUCAAGAGGUCAUCUUCACAGAAACCCACAGCAGAGUGGGCGAGACUAUGUGGAUGCUUUGCUGCUUAUUCUCCAUGACAGGGUGUAUCGCAGGCUGCUGUGUAAUCCCUUUCUUUAUGGACCGUCUGAAGAACGUCCAACACCUGUGUCCGCAGUGCCAGGCACACAUACACACCUACCAGCCAUUUUGACAUGGAGGCUACUAUAUUAACAGCCCUGGUGUGAUUUGUACAGUACGAUUCCAUGGCUUCUGUACUUGAGUGACAAUUUCCUGGGGUCUUGGAGCUGUUUGGGACUCAGCCUUAGCUGUCGUUAUUUUCCCCCCAGCACUACAUUAAGGAAACUCCACAAGCAUAUUCUCAUUUUGCUUUUCAUUUGGACAAGGACUUGUUUUACAAACAUACUGCUCUUGGUCUUGUGAAAGUCAGCUUGUUUGCCUACCAGAAUAUCUGCAUGACAAAACUUAAUUCAUGCUCUCAGCACACAGAUGCAAACACUGUUAUUCAAAAUACUGCUCACUUCUUAUCCUCAGUAAUAUCUAGUUAAUGAUUCAGAUACUAAUAACUCCUGAAGGCUGCACCAAACAAACUGAACCCUAAAUAAAAAGGAACAAGGAAUAAUUUUUGCGGCUUACAGCUUCCUGGUUUAUUAACAAUUCAAUGACCUUUGUGACCAGUUUCCUCGGUAUAAGGAAACUAUGUUUGAGAACAUCCGUUAUCUGUCAGGAAAAUGGAAAUACAUAGCCUAACAUAUGCAAACACGACAACAAAGACCUGUUUUCAAACACUGUCAACCACAACAUACUGUAAUACAAAUGUAGUGGCUUUCUUGUUUAUUCUGUUUCUGUUCUCUCACUAUUUAUUCAAAAGGCAACAUUACCAUUGUUUAUAUUGUUUGUAAUGUGUUUUAUAAAAAUGUGAAUUAUUCUGUAAAUUACUUUUGCUGAGUCAUUCACAGUACACCAAAGUUUAUUGACACAUAAAGGCAUACAGUACUUAUAUACAUAUUUUGGAGUAUUUACAAAAUAGAGAACCCAUGGAUGUUACACAUGUAUAAAAAUAUGCAUUACAUCUAUAUAAAUAUGUACACAAUGUGCAAAACAUAUGGCAUACAAACAGCAAGAGGCAUGGCAUGGCAUGGGCAGUGGGGAUAGAGAGGAGACUUGGCUACAAUGAAGGAUGUAAAUCAACUGUGUUUCCACUAAUGUCUCCAAAAUACAUCUAUUUUAAUGAAAAGUCUUGUACAGAGCUCUGUUCUGAAGUUCAGCUUCUCUGCCAAAAAAUGUAAAAUGUUUACAUGAUGGUAAACGGCGCAGGUGAAGGAGGACAAGCAGGAGAGCUGACGUGAAUAUGGGGAAGCCUGAGCCAAAACCGGUUAACUGCAACUAUGAAAGUGACUUGACAGUGCUUCCACAAACCUCUAAUAUAAGAGGGUUAUUCAAACAAACCCCCCACUUAACCACUCAGAUAUGAAGUGCUUUUGAACUUAUAAACUGUAUUACUCUGCAGUAAAAGCUCUUCCAUUAAUAAAAUCAAGGCAGGAUCUGACAUACAGUACAGUAUAGUAAGUACAGUAUAUCAAGGGAGAGCAGCCAUUAUUGCUUUUAGCUGUCCCUGUCUGGCCAGUCAGCAACCACAAUUGCCAAUAAGUGGCGUCACAUCGAGCGUAAAUCGCAUACAUGUGUAGACCCCUAAACACUGCAGCCAAGAGGUUUGUGUAUGUCUGAUAUGAAAAAACAAAAUGGAAAAACUCAAACCAAAAAUAUACACAUGGAAUCUUUUACAUAUUUUACAUAAGAAUGGAAACAAGAUUAAAUGGUUUUUCUUUUACUGUUCACCCUAAAAAAAAAAAAGUGCUAAAUACAAAAAUGUGAGAAAAUUAACAAAAUGUGAUAAUAUGUUCCACCGCCUUUUUGGCAACAAAAUAUCAAAUUUGACAGCCUUAAAAGCUGACAGACUGAAGAAAAAGCAGAAUAUUAACUCGUCAUCUCUUCUAGGAUACAAUCAACUAGUGAUUCUUACUGUUCAUCCAAUGUAGGAUUUAACACAAUGUGGAAAAAAAGAAAUACAACUAGACCUGCAAGCAGGUAUACCGGGGUCCAAGCACCCCGACGCAACUCAACCAAAGGUGCACGAAGCAGAGGCGACCAGGAGAAUGACGCCAUCUCUGAAUGGGGCUUAAACAGAUGGUUUAACAUGUGUUUGUUUGUAGAAAGAAACGUGUCUCGGCCUGAUCUGAUAUUAAAUGUGCAGCAAUAAGAGCAUCACACUUCUUUGACAAGACAGCGUUGAUAUAAAGGGCUCUCAGUCAGUUUGCUCAGGCCACCACAUUAUUGCUGAUGUGAACAGCGAACAGCAAAUCAGCAUUAUACAGGCAGUGACCCUGUAGUACCAACAGUUAAAACUGAAAAUGUGCCGUGAAGCAACAGAGGAGAGGCAACGCCCUCUAGUGUCCAUGGACGCAAUGACAGAAUAAAGUGGUUCAAAUGUUCUGUAAAUGUGAUUCACUGGACAUGAUUGAUUAAAAAAACAAAAGACAAUUAAAAAAGCAAUCUUAUUUCAAAGUGCCAUACAGUAAGACUGUAUCAAUCCCAAAAGAAUAUUUAGACUGAAUACUGAUACUGAAUCAGUAACUCAAUUUUUAGGUUUGAAAAGGAACAGUGAGUGGGAUAUGAUGCAAUCCAUUAAAAAUAAACAUCUGGAAUUUAUGACGGCUUUAAAAGUAGCUAAGCCCUCUUCACUAACGCCUCGCUGUGUAUCACACCUCAAAGGUGCGUUUUUGACUGUAGGACACCGACUGAACAACACAGAUAAAAACAGUUAACAGUCAUCAGAAGCCUUUUGAAGAGUUACGUCUGGAAUAUGUUGACUGGAUAGCAAAUGAUUUGACUUUACAGAUAUUAGCAAAUUUCUUCAGACAACUUGUGGGCGACGGCUGAGAAAGAGCCCGAAACGGCCCAAGAUUAAAUGUGAAUACAAUCGUGCACACUGGGACACGGGUGUACAUGCAAAAGACAGGAAGACUAACCCACACACACACACACACACACACACAUCAACAUUGCUUCUCUCUCACACACACACACACAGUUGGUCAGGGAACUAACUUUGUCCACAGUAGCUGAUGCAUCACAAGUUAGACUAUUUACCAGCCAAAUAUUACUUUAGAAUAUUCCGAUUCCUCCAAAUGAUUCACUCGAUAAAUGGGCUGUUAAAGCAGACUAACUUAUCAGCUACAGGCUAUUGCUAACUAGCACACUUGUUGGCUAGUGAUGCAGUAAUUUCCCACCCUGAAACACACACACACACACACACAUACAGACAAGGACAAAGUGCAGGGAUACUGUAGGACAGCUAGCUAUAAUUUCAUCUUCUCCAAAGACAUCUUUAUUCCUUGAUAGAACUUGCAGCACACACACAGUUCACAUCUAUUAUGGAUGUGUGUCUGCAUGUCAUAAACUCAUAUUUGUUCCCUUUCCACUGUUUUAUGUCAGUUUACUAUCAGAAGAAAAAAAAGCUGCCAAAUUUGCUAGUAAAGUCCCAUUUUUCAAUCUUUUCAAAAUUACAUUCAAAAUAAGAUACUUGGACAACAACUGCAGUAUCUCUGGAGCAUUUGGCCACAUGCCGAUCACAGCCGUAUUGAUCACUUCAUACUACCGAUCAUCUUGGAUAUGCAGAGUUCACAUUUCCUUGUUCUGAGGUGAAUGAGGCGCAUCUUCAGAUCUCUCUGCCUCUAGUGCAUAGCGCUCACAUAGAUGGAGGAGCUUGCUCCUCUCGUCGUCCGACUGAAGUCGAGUCAUUGGUUCAUCAGCUUGACCGGAGGGUCGUGAUAGGUCAGAAGAGUCACAUCUGAUACAACAUAUCAGAUUAGUCAGCAAACAUGUCAUCUACAGUAUGUGGUAGACUGGACCAGUGUGAACAGGGGUUUGACCUCCUCUCAGCCAGGAAUCUCUUUAAAACUUGGCUAGGUGACUGACACGUCUGGCUUCGAGUCAUAAAGGGAACACGGAUUUGACUGUCCAGCAUCUCAGACAGGCUGAAGCAACCAAUCAAAGCACUUAGACUAGUUUAGUCUAAGCUUUCCCAGGCGAAGUGGUCAAUAGCUGAGGCUGUACUGACAUCAUAAAGCUCUGAUGUUCCAGGUCAAGCCUCAAAUUCUUAUUGAGAGUCUAAUCCCCCUUCAUUAUUUUAAUUACACCUAGUUUUAAUCUGUAGUCUUUGAACUGUCACACAGUUACUGUGUUUUAACGACCAGCUUUUAUAACCUAGUAUGGCACAGUAUGCUUCAGUGGAACAAAGACCUUCACAUCAGACUACCGCCGGAAGUAUUUAUGAACCCUUUUACAUUUAGUUACCGUGCUUACACAGUAAAAUAGAAGCAGUGUUCACACUGAAAGCCAACCAGCCAAACCUCCAGUAGAAAUAAUCCGGCAAUAUCAGCAAUCAAUUCUAUUCAGGCUCUCUGUAGAGAGAAAGCUGUAUUAGUGUGGUUUAAAGAUUUUUUUUACAAACAGUCCAUGCUACCAGUAUUCAUUUGGCUCUGUCUCCUCAUCUCUGUAAAUGAUCAUUAAAAUCAUGACAUCAGAUACUAAAAAAGUCUAGUCUGUUCCCUUUAUCACUAAUUCUACGGGUGACCAUGAUCACCUUAGUGAUGACAUUAUUCUGGCUGUUCAGCCAUAAUAGGCCCUCUUUUAAAGCUGUGCAAACUCCUGCUUGUAGUUCAACUUGAAUCAGUGCACUACUGUACAGCAUCUCUUACUGUAGUAUAGUGGGAAUAUUACAGAUGGUAUGGAUGUACUGGUAAGAGUGAUAUGGCACAAAAAGCCAUGUUUUCUCCUCCUUUUGCGUCCUUAUUUAAAAUGUUGAAACUCAGCCUAUU